UGUUCCUCCUCCUCCUGCUGCUGGUGCCAGGGCCGGGAGGGCGGCGCGGAGGUGGCGCUCAUGGGGCUCGCCGGGGACGGGUCGGCGGACACCGCCAACCUCAGUAAUAGUGAAAAUGGUCGGUUCAGUUAUGGAGUUGCAAGUUCUCCCGGGAAAAGAGCAUCGAUGGAGGACUUCUAUGAGGCAAGGAUAGACGACGUUGACGGAGAGAAAGUUGGAAUGUUUGGUGUGUAUGAUGGUCACGGAGGAGUCAGAGCAGCUGAGUACGUUAAGCAGCAUCUUUUCAGCAAUUUAAUCAAACACCCAAAGUUCAUCACUGAUACCAAGGCCGCUAUUGCUGAAACUUACAACCGCACAGAUUCAGAAUUUCUGAAAGCUGAUAGCACUCAAACUCGAGAUGCUGGCUCAACUGCCUCAACAGCUAUUAUUGUAGGUGAUCGUUUGCUUGUUGCAAAUGUUGGAGAUUCUAGAGCUGUUAUUUCUAAAGGAGGACAGGGUAUUGCGGUUUCAAGGGAUCACAAACCUGAUCAGACAGAUGAGAGGCAAAGAAUUGAGGAUGCAGGGGGCUUUGUUAUGUGGGCUGGGACAUGGAGAGUGGGUGGCGUUCUCGCUGUCUCUCGAGCAUUUGGUGAUAAACUCUUGAAGCCGUAUGUUGUUGCUGACCCUGAAAUCAAGGAGGAGGUGGUCGACAGCUCCCUUGAAUUCCUCAUCCUUGCUAGCGACGGACUCUGGGAUGUUGUCACUAAUGAGGAAGCUGUUGCCAUGGUCAAGCCUAUCCAGGACCCCCAGGAAGCAGCAAACAAGCUUCUCGAAGAAGCUUCCCGAAGGGGAAGCUCCGAUAACAUCACAGUUAUCAUCGUCCGCUUCAUAGACGGAACUACCGGUGAGAAAUCAGGCGACGACAAAGAGACCACCAACGACCAACACUCCUAGCUG